UCAUGCCAACUAUCUGCUUUCACAAUCUUUUCAAACCACUUUUGCUUGAACCACAUUUUAGCUUUAUACACUGAUCCCUGCCUAUUACCAGUCGUCUUACGCCAUCUUGCUACCAUGGUAUCAGAAACUAUCGCAGAAACUGUCAACGAAACCCCUGUAGUCAUAAAAACUGAAGUAGACCUCGAGAAUCACACCGUGGAGGAAUCCGACUCAGAGAAGAAGGAUUUGCCAGAGAAGAAAUGCGAGGAGCCGGAAGUUGCUGAUAACAGAACUGCAGAGGAAGCACCUGAAGACAUUGAAGAAACAGAAGAAAACGAAAAAGAAACAACCCAAACACCAACAGCAGACAACAACAGAACAUUUUCCAAAAAAGUUAACAAGUCAAUAAAUAAUCUCAGAAGUAGUUUCAGAAAAAUAAUGGGAUCUAACGCAGACGCAGCUGAAGCCGCACCAGAAGUAGCCCCAGAAGAGACCCCAGUAGAGGAAGCAGCCGCCGAGGAAGUCAACACUGAAGACAAAGACUCCAAGAAGGAUGAAGAUCAGGAGAAAGUGGAGGAAGUAGUGGAAGAGGAGGCUGCCGCCCCCGAAGAAGACGCUGAGGAGAAGCAGAGCGAAAAGGAAAAGGAGGAUGAGCCCAAGGGAGAACCAGUGAAGAGACAGAGCACAUUGUCUAAAAUCAGGGAUUCCUUCAGGAAAAAGAAGAAGACCAAGGAGCCAGCUGCUGCUGAAGAAGAAGCCCCCGCCGCUGAAGGUGACGCCCCUGCUGCUGAAGCCGAAGCCGAGGCACCCGCUGCCGAGGAGGCACCCGCCGCUGAGGAGGAACCUGCCGCCAAGAAACCAGGCUUCUUUGCCCGAUUACUCGCCAGGUUCAGGAGGAAGAAAGCACCCAAGGCAGAAGCCGAAGAAGCUCCAGCCGCUGAAGAGGAAGCUGCUCCUGCCGCUGAGGAAGCUCCUGCUGCUGAGGAACCCGUGCCAGAUAAUGAAGCUGCUGCUGAAGAAGCCGCCCCUGAGGAACCCGCCGCCGAGGAGCCAGUAAAAGCUGCCGAGCCAGUUGUAGAAGAAGCUAAUGCAGAUAGUAACGUAGUGAUCGAGGCUAAAACGGAAUCUCUGGUUGAGAAUAAUACAGCCGAGGCUGUAGCUGUCGCCUAAGUUCCCAGUUAACAUGGUUACAGUCCCUUAGUUGAGCCGAGGAGCCGAAAAAGAAGUGACGCUGAUCACGCCUCUUGUAAAAAGACUACAUAUUUCUGCAUGCUGAAAAUAGAGGGACCAUCCCUCCUCGAGACUCGACUCAACACUACAUCCCUUUUUUACUUCUUUUUCGCGCUCCCUUUUUAUGAUUUUGAAUAUUACAAUAUAUUGAUGCCCAUUUAGAUUUUUGAAGAGACAAUUAGUUCUGUUUUAUUACUUUUACACUGAAAAUUCUGAAUGAAAAUUCUGAAUGUGACACUUCUGACCAAGGAAUGAAUUUGCUGGCCCCUGUUAUUUUACAGGGCAUAGUUUUUUACUAUUUUCGACGUUAUUAUUUGACGUUGUUACCAUAGUAAUAUGACGUUGCCACUGCGCAACUCCUAUAGCCGGCACGGACGGAGAUGACUGAGUCUAGGACGUUUGUUUGAUUUAUCUUUUUGUUUGAAUGAUGACUUGAUAUGAUACAUCAAUAUUAUUAUCAUGGUACCUUUUGAAAUUAUUUGGUUCCACUUUCAUUAGCUUAUGUUCGGUGAGACCGUACUUAUACUAGAUGUAUGUUUAUUGCCUUACUCCUUUAAGAGAUACGAUUAAAUUAUAUUUCAUAACUUGGUGUUUAUGUUUCACAGUUUUGAUUUAGCAACGGUUAAAACAGGCACUUUAAAAUUCAACGAUUGGUAUUUUUAUUAUUAAAACAAGUGAAUUUGUGGUGUUAAAUUGUAGCAACAAUAAAUUCCGUUUUACUGUGAUAUAA